AUGGCGAAGACUUGUCUCACACUCCUCCUGGGCUUCCUCCUCGCGUGGGCAGCCAACGGUACUAAGCUCCGCAAGACAUACAUAGUUCAGCUGAAGGAUACACAGGCCUCUGGUGCUCAGCGCGGAGAUCAGUUCGACGCUUCCCUGGCGUCCGUCUCCGCCAGUCCCGCUGACACGCUCUAUCAUUACCAGAACGUGACGAACGGAUACGCCGCCAAGAUCACAGACGACCAAGCUAACGCACUGAGAAACCAGGAUGACGUCUUAUCCGUCACCCUCGAUCAGGUCUACGUCCUGCACACCACCAGGACACCGGCCUUCUUGGGUCUCGACGACGCCUCGCUCCUCGGUCGCGGGCUCGACCUCGACCCGAGCAGCUAUCUCGACGAGAGGGGCGACAGCGGGAUCCAUCCCGAGUCAAACCUCAUCGUUGGCGUGGUGGACACGGGCGUCCGGCCCGAGAAUCCCAGCUUCAAGGAUGAUGGCAUGCCACCCAUCCCUGCCCACUGGAAGGGCAAGUGCGAAGCCACCGACGACUUCCCGGCCACCAGCUGCAAUAAAAAGCUCAUCGGCGCGAGGGCCUUUUACAAGGGCUACGAGGCCGCCCUCUCCGAUGACAACGGCCUCUUCAACUGGACCGGAGAGUCUAAGUCCCCCAGGGACGACGAUGGACACGGCUCGCACACCUCGUCCACCGCAGCCGGAGCCGCCGUGCCGAACGCCAGCCUCUUUGGCCAGGCCUCCGGCACGGCUCGUGGCAUGGCCGUGCACGCCCGCCUAGCCAUGUACAAGGCCUGCUGGAGUAAGGGUUGCGUGUUGUCUGAUGUCCUCGCGGGCAUGGACAAGGCAAUCUCGGACGGUGUCAACGUCAUGUCCCUUUCUCUUGGCUCGAAUUCGACAGCCUCAAUCGAUCCCAUUUCAGUCGGUUCAUUCGCCGCCGUCCAAAAGGGAAUCUUUGUCGCCCAGUCUGCCGGCAAUGAAGGCCCGGCAGCAGCCAGCGUAGUCAGCAUCGACCCCUGGACUCUGACCGUCGCCGCGAGCACGCUCGACCGUGAUUUCCCUGCUCAAAUCAUCCUCGGCAACGAUAAGAACUACACCGGCACCUCCCUCUACAGCAACGGUUCCGUGACCGACAUCAAGCCCCUCACCGCCGGCGAGGUUCUCCCCCUCAUCCAAGCUAGUCAGGCGGGCUCGGGCAAUGUCACCAGCGCGAACUUGUGCCUGGAGGGCAGCCUCGACCCCGCUAAGGUCGUCGGCAAGGUCGUCAUCUGCGUGCGUGGAGAAAACGCCAGAGUCGACAAGGGCGGGGUAGUCAAGACCGCAGGCGGGCGCGGCAUGAUUCUCGUGAACGCCCCUGUAAACGGUAACGAGCUUAUUGCCGAUGCGCAUAUUCUGCCUGCCCUGCACCUCACCGCCGCAGAUGGAGACGCGGUCUCGGCUUACGCCAAAACCGGCAAGGGCACGGUGAUUUUGGACUUUGAGGGUACUAGGCUCGGCAUUCCGGCGCCGGUGAUGGCUUCUUUCAGCUCGCGCGGCCCGAACUCUGUCCUCCCGCAGAUCCUCAAGCCGGAUAUCACGGGACCCGGAGUUUCCAUUCUGGCAGCCUGGUCCGAUCAGGGACCUACUGGCCUUGAUAUAGACACCCGCAAGGUUGACCAGAAUGUCAUCUCUGGCACCAGCAUGUCAUGCCCUCACCUGAGCGGUAUCGCAAUCUGGAUCAUGGCCCGCCGUCCGGGAUGGAGUCCAGCCGCCAUCCGCUCGGCCAUCAUGACAACCGCCUACACGACCACCAAGGGCACCAAGUCGCCCCUCCUGGACUCCCGCGACGAUACCCCCGCCACUCCUUUCGUCUACGGAAGCGGCCACGUGGAUCCCGUAGCCGCCCUCAACCCGGGCCUCGUCUACGACAUCGCCCCCGCCGACUACCUCGACUCCCUCUGCGCCAUCAACCCAAACCCCCGCUUCUUGCAUAAAUUCGUGAAGCACAACUUCACCUGCGCGUCCAACCAGACGUACAGCCUCUACAACCUCAAUUAUCCGUCCUUCUCUGCCGCCUACGGCAUCGGCGCCGACCCCGCCUCGGAUGGGUCCUUCACCGCCACCUUCAAGCGCACUUUGACGAACGUCGGGGGUGCUGGCACGUACAAGGCCCAAAUCUCGCUCAAUGACGCCGGCUUGGUCCAAGUCUCUGUGAAACCUGAGACUCUCACUUUUGAGACGGCCGGGGAAAAGAAGACGUUCGAGCUGACGGUCAAGAUGAGCCCCCCGCCCCCCAACCCUUUGUCCUGGGGCCGACUCGUGUGGUCUGACGGAACCCACGUUGUUGGCAGCACCUUGUCGUUUGUGUGGGGCAUUCCGAAUUCAGAUGGCACCUAG